AUUCCAACAAGCGACCCCAACGAAUCUAGAAAUGGCUGCCCUAGAUCCAAAGGUCGCCUCACUCGUCGACCGGGCCGCCCGAGAGGAUGAUUCGGAUGAAGAUGCUCUCAUUGCGUCCCUGGAAGAUGAUGACGAGCUAGAUGCGUUCCGUGAGCAACGACUCCAGCAAUUACAUCAAGAGUACGAUAAGGCACGUCGGCUGAAGGACAGUGAGCAUGGGCGGUACAUGGAAAUCAAGGAUGAAAAGGCAUUGAUGGACAUCACAACAAGCACCAAACUGUGUGUCGUUCAUUUCUUCAAGCCCGACUUUAACCGAUGUCGCAUCAUGGACACACAUCUCGAGUCACUCGCACCCUCUCACUACGAGGCCCGUAUUCUCAAGAUCAACGUCGAGAAUUGCCCUUUUCUUGUCACGCGGUUAGGCAUCCAGGUACUCCCCUGUGUUAUCGCCUUCAUCGAUGGCGUAGGAGCCGAUCGCAUCAUUGGGUUCGAAGGCCUAGGUCACACAGAACAGACCUUCACCACGCGUGACCUUGAAGCGAGGCUCAUCCGAGCCAACGUCUUAGCGAGGAACAAGGUCACGGAAGAAGAUGAAAGACGCAGGCUGCAAAACAGCAAGGCCAGGCAGCAGGAGGAUGAGGACGAAGACUGGGAUUGAGAAGGGACCGCAACCAGGGCCCACACCAAACCUACCCUUGCCAGAACGGUGCGAGGCUUGUCCAUUGUUUUGGUUGCACAUGAACUUGCUGCAACAAGCGAACCAGCGGGAAAUUGCAGUAGACCUCUGUUGCUCACUGUAUAACAAGCAAAAAGCCUUUGUAUGCUCGGAAACAGGGAGCAAGCUGCUUCUUGACAAUCAAGCAGCCAUCUUAGCCCACUUCGUAUUCAUCUAAAGAACACAGGCAAAAAAACAUCAAGCAAAU